AUGAGAUUCGUGCCAGGCCUGCUGGCUGGCCUUGUCGCUCUCUGUUGCAUCCCCGUCUCCGCCGAGAAAUUGCUGCAGGCCAACUAUGUCACCUCCUGUUCCGACGAUGACCUGAUUCAGACCGACAAGAUCACGGUCAAUGUGCUGCCCGCCGAAAAGAAGGUCUGGUUGGAAUAUGACGGCCAUUUGGGAUACGAUGGCAAGGUCAUGUUCAACGUCGACCUCUUCGCCUACGGUUACAACAUCACUCGCUACAGCCUCGACCCCUGCGACCUCAAGAUCGCCAACCUCUGCCCCAUGGCCAAGGGCAAAAUGCCGGUGCCCUGGUCGCCCAUGACCUUGUCCGACUCGGCUCUCGAUAUUAUUCCCACCAUCGCCUACUAUGUCCCCGAUCUCGACUGUCUCGUACGCGUCAGCGUCGUCAAAUACGGCACCGAUGAACUCGUCUCCUGUAUCGAAGCCCCCGUCACCAACAACUACUCGGUCUACGUAUCAGGGGUCGGCUGGGCCAUCGGCGUGAUCGUCGGUCUGGGCCUGCUCACCAGCGUCGUCCUCUCGAUUCUCGGUUAUUCGAACAUCGCCACACACGUCUCGUUCCGUACCAUGCUACUGCUGGGUUUUCUGCAAAGCCAAGCCAUGUACGGCAUGCUUGCAAUGGACUUCCGACCACUCGCCCGCAACUGGACGCAGGACUUCCAAUGGACGGUGGGUGUCGUGCAUGCCGAAUUUCUGCAGACCAUUGCCACCUGGUUCCAGCGUGCAACGGGCGGAACGCCCUCGGACGUGAUGACGCAGGAAGAGUCGGUCUCGGUCGCUCUCCUGAAGCGAUCCGCGAAUAUCGUCAAGCGCAAACUGCCCGAUGUGGGCGGCGGGGAAGAGAUACUGUUGAAGGGAAUUGAGCGAAUGGGUUACCGAUCCGACAUUGAACCGACCAACAUCUUCAUGACCUCGUACCUGGUCUUCUACUUUGUCAUGAUCCUCAUGAUGAUCACGCUGGUCAUUAUCAAGUUCGCCCUGCCAGCCAUCUCCAAGAAAGCCAACAGCGCCAAGCUGAACAACGCGCUCAGCGGCGGCACCGAAUGGAAAGGCUACAUGCGCGGCAACAUCUACCGACUGGCAAUGCUGUCCUAUCCGCAAUUUUGUUCGUUGGGCCUCUGGGAGCUGUAUCACCGUGACUCGGCCGCCGAAAUCAUCCUCGCGAUCGUGAUGUUCCUCACUACCAGCGCCGCCCUGGGUUUCGCCACCUUCAAGGUCUUCCAACGCGCGCGCGCCUCGAGAGCCUUGAAUGAAAACCCCACCUACACCCUCUACUCCGACCCCGCCUGUCUCACCAAAUGGGGCUUCCUCUACGUGCACUACAAAGCCCAAUGCUACUACUUCAUCGCGCCGAUGCUCGCCUACAUCCUGAUCAAGGGAGUCAUCGUGGCCUUCGUCCAGGAGAGCGCAACCGCGCAAGCCGUCCUAAUCUUGGUCCUGGAAGCCGCAUUUCUGAUCGCCACCUCCGUGAUCCGCCCCUAUAUGGACAAAAAGGCCAACAGCUUCAGCAUCGCCGCAUCCGCCAUCAACUUCGUAUCUGGCAUCUGCAUGCUCAUCUUCUCCAACGUCUUCAACCAACCGAACAUCGUCUCCGGCGUCGUCACAAUCAUUUUCUUCUUCAUGAACGCGAUCUUCACAAUCACACUUAUCGUCUUCCUCCUCAUCUCCUUCUUCUACGCAUUCCGCCUCAAAGAGCCGACGGCCCAAUACCACCGUCUCUCCGACAACCGGGACUCCUUCCGCAUGUCCCAAACCGACAACCGCCUCAACACCGAGCUCCUCCCGCUCGAAAAAGCCAUCCGCCCUUCACCGAUCGGUGACGACCGCCCGGCCUCCCCCUGGGCCCAGAGCAACGGCAGCGUCCGCAGCCGCUGGGACCCCUCAAAUCCAACUCCCUCGGAAUCCCGCUGGGAUCCCGGACACGUGGGCGCGGGGUAUAACCACCAUGAACCGCCCCGGUCGCCGUUUGCGGAUCAGCCGCCGCGAUCACCAUUUGCGGAUCCUGUUGAGCCGACGUUGCCGCUUAUACCUUCUUCCGAUAAUGUCGGGCGGAGGGUAUAG